AUGUCACUUCGAGGAAAAGUCGCUCUUGUCACAGGAGGUGGCAAGAGUCUUCCGGCCGACAGCGCCAGGAAGUUGGCCAGAGAGGGUGCUGCGCUGGCUCUUCACUACAACACGGCGAAGACAAGAGAUCAAGCCCUCCUAUUCCGUGACGAGCUUCGAAGAACAUAUGCCGGCAUCAGAGUUAGCAUGCACUACGGUGACUUGAGCUCCGCUGCUGCUGUCGAAGACUUGUUCAGCGAAGUCGUUGCUGAACAUCGUAAGAUCGAUCUGGUUGUGAACACGGCUGGCGUCGUUCUGAACAACGAGAAGCUGUUCACGUACUCCGUCUUUGUCGAUGGGCAGAAGAACAAGUGGGCCGAUCGAUGUGCUGAGGCUCAGAGGAUACAGGCUUCAUCAUGUGAGCGUGGCAGAGUUCACAAUGCCCCUCUCAAGCCCCUUUCGCUGAAUACUGUUCGUCCCUCGUAG